AUGGCCGGCCCCUCAAACAUCAACAAGCCCUACGCAGAAGCUUCUCACGAAGGGGACGGUGUUCCCGCAAAGGCUAAGACGGUCAACCAGCCCUCUCACAUCGAGGAGAAGAAGGAAUCGCUACGUUCUCUGCAUCGCGAUCCGAGCCAUUCGCCAGAGGCCAUCUCGAAUCGCGCUACGUCGGGCAAGAGCGGUGGGUCUGGCACGUCCAACAACUAUGGGAAGAGCCACUCGAGCAUUGCGGCUAGUCAUGGAGCUGGGGGACAGGGGAACAACAGCAGCUCAUUUGCAGGGGAUGCCGAGCAGCCGGAGCCGCCUCUCUCACCAUCGCUUGUAUCAUCAAAGCGUCUGGUAUAG